AUGCGCAUGCGCAGACUGCGCACUCUCUCUGACUGCAGCAGGGAGACAGCAGGACGCAGGAUGAAUAGAGCGAGAAUAACCGUUAAUGUCCAGAUGGGAAUAUGUGGGUAGAGCAUGGCGACGUCCAAGAGAAGACAAAGCUUUUUCUAGAUAACGACACUGCCUCUUAUAACGCGGGACGUGGAGGACCAUUGAGGAGAAAAACAGCCGAAUUCAUCAAGGGUAACGUUACAAGAAUGGAUGAAACUCUCUGGGCAGAACUCCACUUUUAUUUUUGAGUCGGCCCGAAAUAGAUGUGAAAAUAAGCCCAACCGAGUGUUUGAACAGCGACUUGACACAUGUAAGUUACAAAAUCGGAUCUGUGUAUUACAGAAAAAAACGCAAAAGUCGGAUUUGAAGCGUUGAAUUCCUUCGGAGAGAUGUCAUCGUUGAUGUGAGGCUGCAGCUGUGAAGAUGAUGGGAGAUCUGACCCACUCCAGAGAUCCCAGAAACACUUUCAUUGUCCCUGCCAUCAAGUCUUCUGAUCAUUAUGAUUUUAAUAGAGCUAAAAUCAGAGCCAGCCUCACAUGGUUGGUGGCCAAAGCCUUUGGUACAGACAGUGUUCCAGAAGACCUGAAUGAGCCUUUCUACAAGGACCAGUAUGAGCAGGAGCACCUGAAGCCUCCGGUGUUGAGCCUGCUGCUGUCAGCUGAGCUGUACUGCCGAGCAGGAAGUCUGAUUUUAAAGAGCGAUGCUGUCAAACCUCUGCUGGGUCAUGACGCCAUCAUCCAGGCUCUGGCUCAGAAGGGCCUGUACGUCACUGACCAGGAGAGACUGGUGACCGAGAGAGACCUGCAGAAGAAACCCAUCCAGAUGAGCGCCCACCUGGCCAUGAUUGACACACUGAUGAUGGCGUAUACAGCAGAGAUAGUGAGUGUGGAGAAGGUGAUGGCCUGCAUGCAGCAAUACUCCACCGAUUACCCAGACGGAGAUGUGCCCUAUGACACAGAGGAUGCAGUCACUAGCUGGAUGAAUAAGGUGAAUGAAUACUUGAAAGAAAUCAAAAUGCAGGAGCAAAGGAGGACGGAGGCACAGAACGCAGAGCCUGUUGAGAAUCCAAACUCUCCAACCAAGUGGUAUAUGAAGCUGGUUCCUGCACGUUACAGGAGGGAGCAGGUUCUGCCUAAGAUGAUGCCGUGGAUCCCUCCAGUGGACAACCUCCUGAAGGACAGCACGGAUGGCUGUGCCCUCGCCGCCCUCCUGCACUUUUACUGCCCCGCCAUCGUCCUCCUGGAAGACAUUUGCCUGAAGGAGACCAUGUCGCUGGCAGAAAGUCUGCACAACCUCCAGCUCAUCCAGGACUUCUGUAAGGAACACUUGAACCAUUGCUGCCACUUCAGUCUGGAGGACAUGCUCUACGCUCAUUCUUCCAUCAAAAAUAACUAUCUUGUGUUUAUGGCUGAGCUCUUCUGGUGGUUUGAGGUUGUUAAGCCACCAUUCAUCCAGCCUCAGGUGUUGGAUACUGAAGCACCAGCCCCUUCAUUGAAAUAUCUGCCAUCUGUGCCCAUCUCAAAGGUCACUAAGAGAAGUUUCAUGGAACAACCACCUAGUCCAGACAGACCAAGUCUCCCGCUCCGACCUCAACCACAGACUUCAGGCUCGGGUGAGAUCAAGAGAUCGACCUCAAUGUCAUUUGUGGAAAGCUUUAUGGGUAUUUGGCCCAAAGAGAAGUCUGCUGCUCAGGGAUUGUUCUUUGAAAUCCCAUUUGAUAAAGAGAGCACCAAUCAAACACCUACUGGACGAGGGAUGACUCGGUCUGUCAGCACUGAAGGUUUUGGUUCCAAGAUGCCCCACGGCACCAGGGGCAUCAAGAGAAACCUGUCUUUUCAGCCAGUUAAUGGCAAGAACAUGGGCAUUGAGGAGGAAGUCUGUCCUGACAGCCUGUCAGGAAAUCAUAAUAGCCAUCUAAAUGGCUCAGGGCCACCUAGCAUUGAAGAGGCCCUUGAGAUCAUCCACAACUCAGAGAAGAAAUCUCAGAGCCCCAGGGCCCAUGUGCCCACUGAGGGCUUCUUUCUUCACCUCCAGAAUAAAAGUGAUUUGAACCCUGAAGCAAAGGAUGGCGGGCUAGACUCAGUUUCAGAAUCAUCCAAAGGGAUUGCUAGCACAUCCACCACUGAAGUAGACACCGGCAUCCAUGUGCGGACAGAGGACAUCCAAGAGACACUAGAUGAGGAUUCAUCCCUAAGGGAUUGUACUGUCAGCAUGGAGCUUGACACAGAUCAAGACUUUGAAGCAAGAGCUUCCCAUAGCCAGGGCUCUACAAGCCCAUGUCCCAGCACCCUAAGCAGCAAGUCCCCUGCUGGAAGUACCCCUGCUUUUACACCUGGGAUUAAGAUGACCAGCUUUGCUGAGCAGAAACUCCGUAAACUGAAUCCAAACAUGGAGGCAAAAGGUGCUGCUUCCCAAAGUACAACACCAGAUGGAUUAGAUCUUGGCAUUCCUCACUCGGUUUCCUGGGCUCCAUCACCUGAGGUGAGCCCUGCACAUCAGCCAUUCAAAGACCCGGGGCAUGCCAUGGCUGCGGAAAUGGUGCAGCUGCGUAUGAGACUUGAGGAGAAGCGUCGAGCUAUUGAGGCUCAGAAGAAGAAAGUAGAGGCUGCUUUUACCCGACACCGCCAGAAGAUGGGACGCAGUGCCUUCCUCACAGUUGUCAAGAGGAAAGGAGUAGAUGGCACCUCACCUUCUCAGGAGGACACUCCUAGCUCAGAGGGAAGCAAGACACCAGCGGAGACACCUCAGCCAUUCAAGUCUCCGGUGAAGUCUGCGGGUGAGGACGGUACAUCCGAGGCAGACCUGAUGGAAUACACACGUUCCAUUGAGAAGCUCAAUGCUUCCCUAAGCUUCUUGCAGAACGAGAUGCAGCGGCUGGCCCAGCAGCAGGAGGUAAUCAUGCAGAUGCGGGAGCAACAGGCUUGGGUUGUGUCGCCACCUCAACCUUCUCCACAAAAGCAGGUGCGAGAUCUCCGAGGGAGUGGGGCGCGCUCUUCUGGGUCUCCCUCACCUGCGGAUUCUCCUAGAGCUAUGCACCGUUCCCCAACAAACCUUAAGAGGAAGUCUGCUUCUUUCCAUUCAAAGACACCAAGGACACCCAGACCCAGUGAGCUAAAGGUCACUCCCUUCAACCGUGUCCUGACCGUUCCACAGUCGGUGGACAGCAUACCGCGCUUAAGAAGGUUCUCCCCAUCUCAGUCCAUGUACUGCUCAUUUUCUUAUUUGGGAAAUGAGAAGAAACCACCAUCAGGAGUUGAAGCCACAGACAAAGACAUAGAACAAGGCCUUGAGUCGUUAUCGAUUGAAUGUUCUUCUGGUACCAUUACCUCCCCAUCCAAUGAAACCCAACAGGCUGUAACUGAAGAUGUUGACUUGUCAGCCAAGGAGCCAGAAGAAAGGGAACAGCUGAAGAAGCCAGCAAAUGAGAUAAAGCCGGCAGUGGAAUCUAGUGUGUCGGAAGUUUUGACGCAGAUCGUAAUGGAGACCGUCAUUGUCACUCCCACCGAGCCAACUGAUAUUGCCUAUCAGACCAACAAAAAUUUGAUUGAGGUUCCAUUGUCUGUUCUCAAGCCCCUGGAUGGACAGACAUUACAAGAUGAAGGCGAGAAGGAGACCUCAGGGGAAAAUCUGGACGAUGAGCAGAAAAUGUGCCAUGGAUUCUUCUUUAAGGAUGAUAUGAAGGAAGAGGACAGCAUGGCCAUGAAACGAGCAGCAAUUCUGGAGAAAAGGCUGAAAAGAGAACGGGAGAGCCAGCAAAGGAAACAACAGCUAGAGGCGGAGCUUGAGCAAAAGAAAGAAGAGGCCAGAUUGAAAGCAGAGGAAGAUCGCAUGAAGAAGGAAGAAGACAAAGCCCGGCGGGAGUUUAUCAAACAGGAGUACCUGAGGAGAAAACAGCUGAAGCUUAUGGAGGACAUGGACACGCUUGUCAAACCACGGCCUAUGGGGGCCAAACAGAGAAAACCACGACCCAAGUCCAUCCACAGAGAUGUGAUGGAGUCCCCCAGGACUCCUGUCAGGGCCACGGCAGGUUCACGACCUCGUGUUUUUUCAGUUUCCAGCCUGUCUCUGGUGUCUCUUGGAGAUAAUGACAGUGUCAACUCGGAUAAGAAAACACAAAGAAGCCACAGCUUAGCAUCUGGCAGGCUUUUCUUCUAUUUGAGCUCUCCUAGUGUGAGAAAUAGAAGUAGGCCUGAUUCAGCAGAUGGUUGCCUGUCGCCCACUCGCUCCAGCAGCCGUAAUGAAGAGAAAGACUGGGAGAAUGGUUCCACCACAUCCUCACUUACGUCCAAUACCGAAUACACAGGUCCUAAAUUAUAUAAGGAACCCAGUGCAAAAUCAAAUAAGCAUAUAAUUCAGAAUGCUUUGGCACAUUGCUGUUUGGCUGGCAAAGUCAAUGAGGGACAGAAAAACAAGAUUUUGGAAGAAAUGGAGAAAUCAGGGGCCAACAACUUCCUGAUCCUGUUCCGGGAUUCUGGCUGCCAGUUCCGCUCUGUCUUCACAUACUGCCCCGACACAGAGGAGAUCAACAAGUUGGCCGGCAUCGGUCCUAAAACCAUCUCGCGCAAGAUGGUUGACGGCCUCUACAAGUACAACUCAGACAGGAAGCAGUUCAGCCAAAUUCCAGCCAAGACCAUGUCGGCAAGCGUGGAUGCCAUCACGAUCCACAGCCACCUGUGGCACACCAAAAAACCAGGAACGCCGAAGAAAGUAGUGGCCCUGAAGUCCUAGUGUUUCUCGACGCCGGACGUACACAUUUUCAAUGCACUUGUGUGUACAUAAUCCAAUCUUACAACUCUUUUUACACUCUUCCGUCAGUUGUCGUUCGGACACACAAGACUGCGUAAAAUUAUGCAUAACUGGAAUGUAAAACUCUAUGGGGUUGCAAAUGGAUUUAACUCAAGUUUCAGACAUCCAAGAUUGUGUGAUUCAAGUUGUUUUACUGCACCGCAUACAUGUCGUUUUUAUUCAAAUGUGCCAAAAAAAAAAGAAAAAAUAAUAAUGAAAAGUUGUCAUGGAUGACUUAUUUUAAUUUGGUAUACUAAAGCACUGAAUGUUCUUAGUUUGUACAGAAAUCUUGCACAAAUGUUGACGUGUGGCCUUAUGUUGCUUUUUGUCUUUGUUUUAAUCCUGUUUUUAUUUGAUUUAUUUGUCACGACUGUGCUGAUAUGAUUGUAUGGCUGCUUAUGGAAAGGUUCUCACAUGCAUAGCGUGUGAUGCUAACAGUUUAGUACUGUACUGUCAUAUCUAGUAUACACUAGCCAGUGUGCUAAUGUGCAGUGAGUGGUUUAGUUUGCAGGCCGAACCCACUUUUGAUGGGUUUUAACAUUAUCUAACGGCAUUGAUUCACAGCAGGAUUGUGAAUUCAUUUCAUUCCGUUCCUGUUGGCGUUUUUUAUAUAUAUGUAUAUAUAGGGUUGUUGUUGUUUUGGACCGACUGAUGGAAAUGUUCAGCAUAAUGAUUGAAUCAAUAUUUAUCUUUCAUGAAAGGUCUUCAAUAAGACUAGGCGUUAGAAAACCAAACCAUUCUGUUAUAUUGUUGGUGCGAUUAAAAAAAAACAAAUCAGGUUGAUUAUCUUUGACUGAAUUGUUUGAACGAUAUUUCCAUGGAUGAAGAUGAAUAGCAUCAUGUGCUGGAGUAAUAAUCAUUUUCAUAAUACUUUUAUACUGUUAUGUAUGCUUGUGGUGACUGAUCUGAAGUAUUUCUCUGUCCCGGGUCAGUAUUAAAAGCAGUUUGCCAAAUGAUAUAUUUUACCGGAUCAUUGGAGCAAUUUCCAUGUUUUGCGACUGAGGACUAAAUCGUUUGAUUGGUAAAUUAUUUUAAAUACUAAAAAUCAAUCAUUUUUGGACUUGUUUGUAAGAGGUUACGACAUGCCGCAUUUUGUAUACGCCUGGAGUCUGUGUGGCAUUUUACGAUGUUACGAAUCUUAGUCUGUUAGCAUCCCCACUUAAGAUGUGAUCAUAUUUGCGAAAUUUUGGUAAAAAUAUACAAUUUAAUUGGCAAAACCGGUCCAUUGGUAACAGUGUAGCGAUGUUGAAUUUACUUUCAAACCAAGCAACUUUUUGUUGGUCAAAGCGCUCAGUAUGGAUGAAUCUGUACGAAAUCUGCAUUGGAAAAUCCUUUGCCCUCAAUUCAAUUCCCAGUAUUGAAAUGACUCAAUUUCGCCAGCAAAAAUUUGCCAAACUAUGGUAGCUAAAUUUGACUACACCUUUAAUUAUUUUAAGGCAGUAUGUGGCUGUAUACGGGUAGAGGCUUUGUUGCCAGAUGAAAAAACGGCCUUCCUUUUGUGCCCUUGAUUUCAGUAGGAAUCGUACAAAUUUGUAAUUUUAGGUGCUUGCCUCUCGAGACAUAAACUUGCACACCUGUUCUCUCCCAUUCAAACACUUCUUGAGUAGUUUGAGAGAUGUGUCGUCGGUGUUUGGGAUGGAAAUAUGUGCACAGCCCUGAAUACACAGUAGCUGACUUCUUAUAUCCGCUAGAAUGGUACUAGGCUACUGGAAACAAAUGUUAUUUGGCCAUUUCGAGGCACCAACAAGGGUUAUUUAACUGUAAAUGAGCACGAUCGAUAGAUAACUGUACAGUGUGUGUUCUCUAAUCUCUCCAGCACGUCUAUCUCUUUUAUUUUCUUUCAGGCGCUGUGCUGUCGUAUUGUUCAAGUAACAUGUUCGAUUUCAAUUGCAUUUAAUAAAUUUUGCAUGGCCUCA